GCUCAGGAUGCUUGAUUGUAGGUGAUGAUGGCGGAAGAGGAGCUGCGCUGAGUUUUCUCCCAGUUUUUUUUUUUUUUUAAAUAGACCCCUAUCAGACGCUCAUCAGCAGAUCUCGUCUUUCUCCUCCGUCUCACUCAGAGGGACUAUGGGGAAUGAAGCGAGCCUCGAAGGAGAGGGCCAGCCGGGGCAACCGGGAGGCGCUGUCCCCGCGGCUGGAGCCCCGGCUUCCAUUUCAGCACCAGCGGGCGGCGGACAGCUCCACAAGCCGAGCAACGGAGCGCCUGCCGGGGGAACGGGCGCCGGACACGGCCCGCCGAUGAACAGUAUUCAAGGCAAACCUAAUCAGACAGACCCGAGCAUGGGACCCAAACCUGGGGGUCCACCGGGCGCAGGACCUGGCCCCGGAGCGCCGACGCAGCCUCAGGGACCCGGUCAGGGUCAAGCUGCACGGAAGAACCUCCAGGUGGACGUGGGGAGCAGCAAAGGUGGACACCCCAUCUCGCCCGGAAGCAGCGCUCCCACCUCACCUUAUUCUUUGCCCCAGAUUGCACCCAUGCCCAGCAGCAAGCUCUGUCCUGUGUGCAAGACCGCAGAUCUGACGGGCACCACAGACGGCCAGCCAAACUUUAAUACAUGCACACAGUGCCGCUCCAUGGUGUGCAACCAAUGUGGAUUUAACCCCAACCCUCACCUCACUGAGGUGCAGGAGUGGUUGUGUCUGAACUGUCAAAUGCAGAGGGCAUUGGGGAUGGAUAUGGAUACACCACGGUCGAAAAGCCAACAGCAGAUCCACUCACCGUCCCAGCCCAGCAAACCUCCUCCUCAGACUGUAUCCCAACCCACACAGCCCCCACAGACCCAGCCCCAGCCCCAACCCCAAUCCAAACCCCAACCCCAACCCCAACCCCAACCCCAACCCCAAUCCAAACCCCAACCCCAACUCCAACCCCAACCCCAACCCCAACCCCAACACCAACACCAACCCCAACCCCAACCUCAGUCCCAGCCUCCCCCAGAAGCUAAGAAGCAGACCGUCCCUCAAGCUGCCCCUCAAAGCAAACCCCCAGCUCCAGGUGCUGUUCCUCUUCCAGGCAUGGCCAAAGCCCCAUCCCAGCCUGACCUAUCCCGCUCGGGCCUCGGAUUCCAGUCUCAAGCACCGCGACAAGACCAGACUCGCAGCGCCGGAAGUUCCCCAUCCCGUCAACCUCCUCCGCCAGAACAGCCCUUCGGAAAACUCUUCGGUUUCGGCGCUUCUCUCUUGAACCAGGCUAGCAGUUUGAUGUCUGUGGAUCCAGUGCAAACUGCACCACCGACCCAACCACCUUCCUCCCCCAAGCCCCCGCAGAAACAGCCGGGACCUCCUGGACCUGGUCCGGGUCCUGCAGCAGGUGCUAAACCCGCAGCCCAGCCAGGUCCACCACGGCAGGAAGUUUCAUCAAAGCCCAAAGUGUUCUGUCCACUGUGUAAGACUGAGCUAAACACUGGAGAUCCAGCCAAGACCCCGAACUACAACCUCUGCACCGAGUGCCACACCCAAGUCUGCAACAUGUGCGGAUUCAACCCCACACCUCACCUGACCGAGAAGAAAGAAUGGCUGUGUUUGACAUGCCAGACCCAGAGAGCAAUGUCAGGGAGCUUAGGGGAUAUUCCUCCUCCUGUGCCAUCAUCCGUUGGAUCUCCCCGACUACCAGGCCCAGCCAGUCAACAACAGCAGCGAGGGCCCAGUCAGCAAGCUGCACUGAGACCUACCGGCCCUCAGCAGCAAAAGCCACCUGGUGCCCAAGUAAGUGGUCCUUUUUCUCCGGUAAAGCAAGGGGCGCCACAAUCCAGGGGCCCCUCUCAACAAUUUCCUGCAACUAAGGCUGAGACACAAAAACAAGAUCAAGGCAUUAACAAGAAACAAGCUAUGCCCAAAACAGAAAAAGAGGGGGACAUCAAAGCAACGUCUAAAAAGGGAACAUCGGAUAAAAAAGAUGAGAAGAAAAGUAGUGGCAUGCAGAAAUCUAAACACGAUGACGAUUCCAACAAGUCUAGCACACAGAGCCUGAGUGAUACAGGCUACUCCUCUGAUGGUAUAUCCAGCUCCCAGAGUGAGAUUACUGGCUUGAUCCAAGAGGACUCUAUGAAGCUCAGUGAGAGGGGGAUUUCUGACCAACGCAGCCCCCCCAGUCCAUCUGAAUUAACAAAACUGGAAAGUUCGAUGCGACCUCUGUUGGAAUCACAUACAGCCACUGACCAAGGACAGCAUUGUGAUGGAAGAGACACAGCAGAACAGCAGAGACCUCGAUCUCUGUCUAUAACACAAGAUCAGGAAUAUGAGUCUGAUGAGGAAGCAUCGGAUGAUCUCAGUUGUAAAUUACGACAUGAUUAUGUCGAAGACAGUAGUGAAAGUGGCCUUUCUCCAUUACCACCCCGACAGAAGAAGUCACAGAAAAACCUGACUGAUGAGGAGUUCAUGAGGAGACAGAUUCUGGAAAUGAGUGCAGAUGAGGAAGACACAGCAGAUGUUGAGGGCCACGUGAAGACAAAAAGGAGCCAUAAACACAGCGGAGAUCUCGGAAAAGAGAGACGUCGCCUGACGCAGCAAUCUAGCAGUUUUGAAGAAGAAACUAAAAGCACUGAUAGCUACAAAUCGGGUGAAGCGGAUGACAUGAUGGCCUCACAAGGUGGUCUAAGACGAUUUAAAACUAUUGAACUAAAUAAUACAAAUAGCUAUAAUCGUGACAUGGAACUCAGCACAGAUCAUGACCUCAGGGAGCCUGAGCUUGAGAUGGAAAGCCUUACUGGGUCACCUGAGGAAAGGUCAAGGGGAGAAUACUCAUCAACCCUCCCUGCAACCACACCAAGUUAUACCUCUGGAACUUCUCCAACCUCUGUGUCAUCAAUGGAAGAUGAUAGUGAUAGCAGUCCUAGCAGACGACAAAGGCUUGAGGAAGCAAAGCAGCAAAGAAAAGCAAGGCAUCGAUCCCAUGGUCCACUACUGCCCACCAUUGAGGACUCCUCAGAAGAAGACGAGUUGCGAGAAGAAGAGGAACUUCUGAGAGAGCAGGAGAAGAUGAGAGACUUAGAGCAGCAAAGGAUUCGCAGUACAGCCAGAAAAACUAAAAGGGACAAAGAGGAACUGAGGGCACAGAGACGCAGAGAGAGGUCGAAGACACCUCCUAGUAACCUUUCACCCAUUGAAGAUGCAUCACCAACAGAGGAACUCAGACAAGCUGCUGAAAUGGAAGAACUACAUAGAUCAUCCUGCUCAGAAUACUCUCCCUCCAUGGAUUCAGAAGCUGAAGGAUUUGAAAUGGGUUCAAAGCUGUACAAGUCUGGCAGUGAAUAUAAUCUACCUACAUUCAUGUCUUUGUACUCUCCAACAGAGAAAACUUCUGCUGUCUCUCCAUCUGCUGCAGAGAAAUCAUUAAAAAGUGCUGAAGAGGUUUAUGAGGAAAUGAUGCGAAAAGCAGAAAUGAUGCAAAAGCAACAGCAACGUGCUCCAGGAAGACAAGGACAACAAAACCAGGAAAGAGUCCUUCAAACAGACAAGAAACAUCAUUUAGAUUCUGGAACAACUUCUUUGAGUCCAGGUACAAGUCCUACCCAGAUGUCAGCUCCAGUUUCAUUCUCUGGAAAUGAUCCUUCAGGAAGAGGGACACAAAGAGUGCAUGCUACACAACAAAGUCAAGUUAGAAUGAGCAACCAAACCUCCAAAGGAAGCCAUGUAAUUGGCUCCCCACAGUCUCAAGUUAGGCAGCCUGCUCCCACACAGCCUCAAGGAAGACCUGGUGUUCAGGGGAAAGUACAGGGUCAAGUGCCAGAUCCUGGAGCAUCCUCCUUAACAUCAAAGAUGUUCUCAUAUCUUAAAGGCUCAAGUCCUUCCACAUCCCCUUCCACUUCUCCCACACAAAGUCCAACACGUGCCCCUGCACCUUGUACAACUUCUACAGUGGCACCUACUCAGACCUCUCAGAUCCCUCAUAGAGCUGGGGCACCACGUCUUUCAAGACAGCAGUCCUCCCAAGAUUCCCCUGUUAUGGUGAUUACACUGGGAUCAGGAACUAGCAGUCAAACCAAACCAGUGACAGUGAAUUCCUCCACCUCACCUUUAUCCUCACCAACAAAGGACAGCCAACAGCCAAUUUAUCAGACUCAACAUGCAACAACAAAGUCACCCACAUCACCACAGAAAUAUCCAGCUCACCCAUCACCUCAACAUAGUUUGCAAAGGACACAGAUAUCAGAAAGAGUUAGCGUGGCUGUGAGCACUGCCACCACUGCUGGUUCCCAAAGUAGUGGAUCUCUUCCAGUGGGAAACAUAUCCUUGUGUAGAAUCUCCACAGUACCUGGUACCUCAAGAGUUGUAGAGCAAGGCACAGUUGGUCCAGGUAGUAAUAUAGUGGAUCUUAGAGCACCAAUGAAGCCUGCCCCAAUUAUCAUGACAGACCAGGGUAUGGACUUAACAUCUAUAGCUUCUGAUACACGUCGAUACUCACUUGAUGCAGAAACACCACCAAGCCGUCAUACUGCUGUACAACCUCUUAUUAUGAAUCUAAAUGCACAGGCACAACCUCAGGUGUCAACAACUACACCAACAACUGUAAGUGUGACAGUGGCAGCAUCCAUGUUCAUAUCACAGCCAAAACAACCAGUUGUUUACGGAGAUCCUUUACAAAAUAGAGUUGACUUUGGCCAAGGAGUUGGAUCUGCAGUCUGUCUGACCCAGACCAGGCCAAUUAUCACAGAUCCAUCCAUUCCAAAAAUUGAUGCUUGUCUGGAAAAUUUAGGAAUUCAACAGCAGCAACUUCAGAAGCAGCAACAGAAGCUUCAGCAGCAACAAGAGCUCCUUGAGCAACAGCUCCAGCAGCAUCAACAAAAUGCAUCUUUUGCCCGGUAUAACUUAGCUAAUCAAGUGCAGCCAAUAUUGUUGAAGAAGGACUUGGUGGUAAGCCAGAACACUGGUGGAGGGACCCAAACAGCAGUUAGCUCUAUUCCCAAGAUAUCACCGCUACCUCCACCAACAUUAUCAUGCUCUGGGUCUACCACCCCUACACUUGGUCAUGACAUAUAUGGUGGUGUGGCUUUGGAACUAAAGAAUAAGCCUGCUAUAAUGAAUCUCUCCACAGGAAAGCCCCAGGUAAUGAUGGUGCAGUUGGAUGAGAAUAGCACUCAAGGAGGUACAGUGACCCAGCUUGUUAAAAGAGAGGAUCCGCCUCCACCACCAGUAGAAGUUCUAGAUCUCACUGGACAGAUUAAACCAGAAAAUCAGUUAGCUUGCUGUGACGUUGUCUACAAUUUGCCAUUUGCAGGUAGUUGCUCAGGCCCUUUUGCUCAGAGAGGUAAAACAGCAGCAUCAGAUCCUUCUGCAGAGCCAUCCCAAGCUCCUGGGCAGCAAAGCCAACCUGGAAAAGAUGGCUACCAAACAGUAAACAUACAAGCAUCUGCAGAUGAACGCAAAUCUUUUACCUUGCCUCCUCCAGGACGACUUCCACCAUCAAUGUCAGACAACAAUUUAGCAGGUUCAAGUGUCCAAUAUUAUCAGAGGACUGACCCUGGGGACCUAGCAGUGGAUUUAAGCACCAUAAAGCAAGCCUAUGGGCCAGGAUAUCUUGGAAUGGGUGCCCAAUAUGGGUCUUACACAGAUCUACGCCAUCAAGGAGGUGAUUCGGCUCCACCAUUACCUUUGCGAAGAUAUGGCUCAAUGUCCAAUAUAAAUGCAGAGUAUAGUUAUCUUUCACGUGAUCUUGGUGGUUUUCAAGAAUCCAAUCUUGCACAGUAUAGUGCCACUACAGCCAGAGAGAUUAGCAGAAUGUGUGCUGCUCUUAACUCCAUGGAGCAGUUUGGUAGUCGCUAUACCAGUAAUCCUGAGCUUCUGCAGUAUGGUGCUGGGAGAGCAGGCCCUGCAGGAAGACUUAACCUUCAACAAGGCCUAGCAUCUAUUAGAGCCAAUCUCUUGUAUGGUCCUGAUGGCAGACCAACCGUACAUGGUCAGACACUUACAAAUUUAAUCAAUGCUAGACAAGCUAGCCUAAGGUCUUUGUACCCCCCUGCUGUAAGGACAGCUGAUGGCAUGAUAUAUUCUACUAUCAACACCCCAAUAGCCUCCACCCUGCCAAUCACCACCCAGCCUGCCCCUGUUCUCAAUCCCAUGUUAAGAGGAGUAUACGGAUCUUACCCUUCAGCCAGUGUAACUGCUGUACCUCUGGCUAGCCUCACCAGGUUGCCUCAAGUCACCCCAAGAAUGCCUCUUAAUGCCCAAGGACCUUACAGAUAUCCUCCUCCAAAUCGAUUUUCAGUAACAGCUCCAGAUACUUCAUCAGGAAAUGUGCCACCUUCUAGUACAUCCCAGGAAGCUCCAGUUUACUUGGGAAAGCCUACAGUACCUGGCAGUAUGUCAACAACUGCAUCACCUAAAACUGGUCAACCUAUUUCAAAUUUGGGUCUGCAAGGUGUACAACCAGCUCAUACUAGUACAGUGCCAGUUCAAUCAGUUGGAAAUGAACAGGCUCCCUUGUCUCAUAUUUCAGUAGAAGGUACUACAACACAACUCCCAAUACAGCCCCAAACUCAACCACAGUCAUUGGUCAAAGGUCAGGAACAAACUCAAACUCAAAGCCAGACACAACCUCAAAAAUUGACAGUGCCACAAAAACAGUCCCAGGCAAUUACUAGAGUUUUUCCAGAUGCAUCUUCCAGUACCACAAUAACCACAUCUGCUAAUAUUGAGAGGGAAAAAGAAGAGGAACGAUUGAGACUACAACAGGAGCAGCUCUUGCAGCUAGAGCGAGAACGUGUUGAGUUAGAGAAAUUGCGUCAGCUACGUUUACAAGAGGAGUUGGAGAGGGACCGCAUGGAACUCCAGAGGCACCGAGAGAAAGAACAUCUGCUCAUGCAGCGGGAGAUACAAGAGCUACAGACCAUCAAGCAGCAGGUUAUUCAGCAGCAACAAGCUGAAAGGGAAACCCAGCUUGUGAUGCAAAGAGAGCAGUUGGCACAGCAAAGGAUGCAGCUAGACCACAUUCAGUCCCUACAACAGCAACUCCAGCAGCAGCUUGAAGACCAAAAGAGGCAGAAAACAGCAGCCAUUGAAGCAGCAGCAGCAGCUGCAACAGCAGAGGCAGCAGCAGCUUCGGCGGCUGCUGCAGCAGCAGCUACAACAGCUCAAGGGGCUAUUCAAGGUGUAAUGGUUGGUGGAACGACACCACAAACCAUCUCAAUUAUCUAUGAUCAGAGUGGUAGAAUUAUUCCACAAGAGGGCCAGAGUGUGCAGAUCUUGCCAUGUGCUGAUGGGCAGGUGGUCCAGGCUGUGGUGUCCAGUAGGCCUUUGCCAAGCUCUUCUUCAGAGAUGUCGCUUAAAAAUAGUGAAGAUCAGGGAGAUGGUCGGAUUAUGAAGAAACAAAACUCUAUGCCUCGUUUGAGGAAUGGGUCAGAGGAUGAGUCAUGCAAGAGAAUUGCAGAUUGCAGUGUCCAAACUGAUGAUGAAGACACAGAAGAUAAACUCAUGUCUCGUCGUCGUAGAACUAGACGUAUAGCUGACUGCAGCGUUCAGACAGAUGAAGAAGACCAGGGUGAGUGGGACAGUCAGCCAAUACGCCGCAGACGUUCAAGAUACUCCAAGCACUCUGAACCAACUGCAGAGACUAAGAGUGAUGCAUCUAAAUCUAGCAUUGCCAUUCAGACCACCAAUGACUCCUCAUGUCAGACUGAGUCAGACCAGUUGGGUAGAAUCUCUCCAGCCAUCCACAUUACCAUGGCUGAAACAUCAAAGGUUGAACUUCUUCACUACAUAUCUGCUCCAGAAAGAACCCAUAAGGGAGAGAGUUUAGCCUGUCAAACUGAUCCAGAGGCACAAUCCCAAGGAGUUGUUGCUCCUCAGCUUAGUGUUCCCACUACUGUUAGUCCCUAUUCCACAAGUCUACAAUUAGUUGGUGCCACGCCAACCAAGUUUGAAAGGAGAAAGCCAGACCCAUUAGAAAUUGGAUACCAGCAAGCUCAGCAGCAAAAUGAAUCUCCUUCCCGACAGCCUCCCAAAUCUCCACAAGUGCUGUACUCUCCAGUGUCUCCAUUGUCUCCCCAUCGUAUGUUGGAGACUACCUUUACUUCUAGUGAGAAGCUUAACAAGGCACAUGUGACUCCCCAACAAAAAGCCUUCACUGCAGAGUCACCACAAAGGCAUCAGACUAUUCCGAGGCCCAUAAAGAGUGUUCAGCGGUCCAUGUCAGAUCCUAAGCCUCUCAGUCCAACAUCAGAGGACCCAGCCAAGACCAAGUUCUCCUUAUACCAAAGUCAAACCAGCCCAGCAAGCCAGAUGUCUGCCUUGCAGCAGCAGAACGCAAUGAUGAGAAAGGUGAAGAGAACUCUCCCGAGUCCCCCUCCAGAUGAGACACCUGUACCGAUUGUAACACCAGCAAUUCCCCAUAUAUACACUUCUCCCGGAGCAUCCCAGAGGGUUUUGCCACGUCCUGUACAAGGUGCAAUGAAGGCAGGCUUGCUUAGUGAACUGAAAGCCGUAGAGCAAGAAUCCACCAAAUUACGUAAACAACAGGCAGAGUUAGAGGAAGAGGAAAAGGAGAUUGAUGCUAAGUUGCGAUGCUUGGAAAUGGGCAUCACCCAGCGCAAGGAAACUAGGGUUAAAGAGAGAGAGAGGCGAGAGUUUGCAUACCUGCGAUGCAUGGGGGAUGCACGUGACUACAUGUCAGACAGUGAGCUGAAUAAUUUGCGACUAGCUGGGGUAGCACCAGGCACCUAUGAAGAAAAUGGAAUGUUGUCACGCCCAAGUACAGCACCUCUUAACCAGUAUACUACUGAUUUGAAUGCAUCUCAGUACCCUCCUACCUCCUCAUAUGUUCCAUAUCAAUAUCCACAGGCCCAGCCCACACCCACACAACCACCCACUGCCGCCUAUCAGCAGAUUGGGUUUCAGACAACACCAUACCCAACCUCCUCACAGCCCCAGCCUGGAACCUUCCAACCUCAUCCUCCUCAACCUUCAUCCUAUCAGACCCCAGGGCCAUACCAGACUCAUAGCUAUGGUCAGCCUACUUAUGAGUCUGAUCUUGGUUUGCAGCAGCCCAGUCACCAGGGAUUCCAACCACCCCCUGCACCUUUACCAGGGCAGACCCUACCUUAUCCUGCACAGAGCAUGUCCUUCCAACCUCAUGCAGACAUGCUUUCUGCCCAUCAAAGGCCAAGGCAAACCUCUCUUGCUGAUCUUGAACAGAAGCUACCCACAAACUAUGAAGUUAUCAGUAAUCCAUCAGUUCAAAUAGCAACAUCAGCUCAAGAAACUGGAUUUAGUGGUGUCUAUUCCUCACCCCUGAACAAUGCUUAUGGUCAGUAUCGCCCCUCUGACCAACCUCUGACUGAACGUAUCCCAAGUCCAUCAUCAGGAUAUGUAACAGAUGGUGUCUAUGCCACAAAUCUAGAACAAAAUAUCCCCAGAAAUUAUGUCAUGAUUGAUGAUAUCAGUGAACUUACAAAAGAAAACAUGGGGUCCGCUGACAUGUCACGGGUAGGUUAUGGGAGUGAGAAUGGCCCACGUGGACCAACUUAUGGCAAUGGCUCUGAGAAUUUAUAUGGAAGAACUUCAAAUACUUAUCAAAGUGCAGUAGACAGCCAUGGACAUUCAAGUACCACUGUAAGUGGUGGUACAGGUUAUUAUUAUGAUGACUAUAAGCAUUCAUCCCAGCAGUGGGGAAUGGGAAGCCAAAAACACUCAUCCAAAAAUUUGGCACCUGCUGUUUCGUCCAAACGUAGCAAACAUAGGAAGCAAGGCAUGGAACAAAAGAUAUCCAAGUUCUCUCCAAUUGAAGAAGCUCGAGAUGUAGAGUCUGAUCUAGCCUCCUACACCAUGACAACAUCAACUGGUGGUAGUUGCACUGUGGUGUCCAGGACUGGUGCAAAAAGUUAUGAUCAACAGAAGUACUAUGGAUCAAGAGAGGCUUUGGAAGAGGAUGAUCGUCUUUAUGGAUCCGGACGAUCAAGGUCCACAGGUUAUGGCAUGGAUAAAAUUUCCUCCAGAGAUUCAAGCGGUUACCGUAGUAAGUCUUAUGAGAGGGACGCCAUGGAAAGAUCACAGAGGGGCACACAUGGUCGUAGUGGCCGUCCUUCUAUGCGUACGCAGAACUCAGAGGAAGAGAGCCCUCUGAGUCCUGUUGGAAAGCCUAUGGGAAUCGGUCGUGGCUCUGUGCCAGAUCCCCAUGAUGUACGGAAUCAGUAUGGCUCCAGUCAUUCCUUACCAGAUGUACAGGACCACCAUAUAAGGGAUAUGCCUAAGAGUCAUGUAUAUAAGCCAGAUGACCCUUACCUUGCAGAUGACAUGCACUGUGCUGUUUCAGACAGUGAAGCCUAUCAUUUGGGUCAGGAGGAGACAGACUGGUUUGAAAAACCACGUGAACCUCGGUCAGAUCGUUCUAGACACCAUGGGAGUGGAAGUCACUCAUCCUCUAGCAGGAGGAGCAAUGUAAAGCACACUUACCAUGAUUAUGAUGAGCCUCCUGAAGAAGACCUGUGGCCUCAAGAUGAGUACGGACAUCAACGACAUUCCUCUUCCACCACAUCUCGGGAACACCGUCACCAUGGCAGUAGUUCAGGAAGACACACUUCUUCCCGUCAUUCAUCAGAUGAUCCCAGGACGUCUCGUUCUUCACGAUCACAUCCAAAAGAUCCUUCCACCCGCUCAGACGGCCGUGUUACUUCAUCCUCCACACAGAAAAGAUCCUCCGAUCCACGAUCUGCAAGCCAUCGAGACUCAGGAGACUACUCCCGUGACCCAUCAAGCCACCACCAUGGCUCAAGUGGACAACGGGGGCAGAGGCAACCAGGCUCAUCGAGAAGGCAGGAGCCCUCUUCAGGUUCCAGGCCACAGCAGGGUCUUGGAGAACAGCAGCCACAAUCGCAGCAAGGACAGCAGCGAUCUACAGCAGGCCAGCAAAUGUCUGCCAAGCAGACAGGGCCUCAGCCACCUGAGACAGGGCAACAAGGACAACAACAACUGGGACAAACAACUCGUACACAGCAGCAGCCACCACAGCAACCCGGGCAACAGCCAGCAACCACAAUGGGAGCAACUCAGUCCACAACCACAGCUGCUAGCAUGGGAACAGGUACAACUCAGCAACAAUCUAAGCCAGGUCAGGCUCCAGCACAGGCAAGACAACAGCCAGGAGGACCACCCACUGCCCAGCCAGCUGCUGCUAUGGCAAAACCUGACACAGCUGCGCCUGCUCCUGCACCAACUCCUGCAGUUGCUAUUGGAUCAAAAGCUGCACCACAGGCUGCAAAAACACCCCAGAUUCCUACCACAGGAAUUGGUUCAAAGGCAGCACCCCGGCCAGGGGGUAUAGGUAGUGCUGCACAGCAGCCUGCUGAAGGGGAAAAUGUUCUUACAAAGAUCCUGCAGGGAGGAGCAGCGGAACAAGCUGGAAAAUUAGGAGAUGCUGUAUCUGCUCUUGGGAAGAAGUUUACUUCAUUUUGGUGAUCAGCCGAUAGGAAGGCAUUAGUUGGGGUGACUUGGAGUUAGAACUGGAAAAACCUAUGAAUCUGCUUCUGCAAUUUAACAUCUCUAGCUGAGGGCGGGGUACACCUGAGAACACUGAUGUAUCAUCCAACCUUGAAGUUUCAAUGAAAACAUUAAGUCAGAAUUCACAGGCACGGUCUAUCCGAUGAUAUCUGCAUACCCAAACAAACAUGGAGGCUAAUUCUCUUCCAGAGUGUUUCCUUAGUUGCUGUUGAAGCAAUUACAAUUCCCAAAAUGCCAAACUGCCUGUUCCGUUUCAGGUUUUUCUAGACAGUUAUGUCUUCCCUUAUAUGACAUAAUCUGUGCUCAGGUGACCCUCCCUCUUCUAAAAACAGCAUGAAGAUGUCAGGCAGCUGCAGUUUUUAGCUUUUUGCAGUCCUAAUGAAGACUUCUAUGCCCAGACUCGAAGAGACCGUAGCAGAGAAGGAGAACGACUACCUUACAAAGGCUUCAAACAAACUCUGUUUAAAAAUGUAUGCUCGAUUUCUAAGAUCUUGACAUUCCAAUAUGGCGAUGAUUGACCCUCUCUAUGAAUGUUUUUGUUUCUUCCUUAACCUUUUUGUCACGUGUGUAAUGAAUGCAAAUGUGUAAACCGUGGACAUGGAAUGCACGCACAAAAAAAUAUAUAUGUAUACAUAUAUGAGAUAUAUAUAUGAAUCCAUAUCUAGACAACUUUCAGAGUCUCUAAGGGUGAAGCCAUGUGCACCUUGUGUAAAAAGCUGGUUAUUUAAUGUAAAACUAUCGGUCAAGUGCAGAGGUCAGUAAUAUCAGAAUGUUAGCAUAGUCUUGUUCGUCUUUUAUCAACCAUUAAGCCAUUGCUACCCUAUUCCAGAUUUUUUUUUAUUUGCUUUAGCUUGUUAUCAGUUUUGCCUAAUUUUCUUUUAAAUUAAGAGCCUUACUAAUAUUUUUUACUUGUAUACCUCACAUAUUUUUUUAAAAGUUCCAUAUCAUCCUUACUUGAUUUAUUUUGCACAACUGUAUACUGCUGAACAUGUACAUAUCUCUCGUUAACACUGCUAAUGUAAGAUAUUGAUUUGUGUAUUUAUGGAUUUAUAUUUCUGGUAUUUCUUUGUUUAAUGUUUGGUAUUAUUAUUUAUACCUUAACAUAUUAUUUUUUCUCGUCAUUGUUGAUAAUCUAAACUGUUUAUAAUAUACAUAGUUGUUUUUCUCCCUGAAGCAAUAGCAUGCUAAUCCGUACAGAGCACAAUUUUGUUUUGUUUUUUGCUGGAAGUGAUCUGCAAGCAUUCAAGUUCCUCAUCACAGAUCUGACUGUCAUACAUAGACAGGUAAAAAUAAGUUUCUAUGAACCCCAACAAAUUACACCAUCACCCUCUCGCACAUCCAGAAGUUCCCAAAAACACAUUUACCAUUACGUAGAUCCACCUAGGAAAAAUAUGUUGAACCAAUUUCAAAUGUUCUAUGCAAUAAUCCAUGUAAAACCAUUUCCCACUGCAACGUCCCUCACCGAUACUGCGUUACGAUGGGUUCAAAUACGACUAGGGACAGUUUGUAUUUACCUUGUAUGUAUGAAAAUAUCAAACUACUUUUGUUUUAUUUUAAUGGCAUGUUUAUGAAAGCCCUCGUCUUCCCUAGUUUUCAGGGAAUCUGUUGCCAAAGGGUUAACUGUGUGGACUGUUGGUCUUGGACAUCCACCAUCUCUGUUGCUUGCAGCAUGAUUCUGCUCAGCUCUCUUUGGCUCCUUGUAGUGCUGUUAUUCGGUCUUCGUGUCUGCAGUCUGAUCAGGUGACAAGUCGGGCACACAGCUUAUGCACUCGUUAUUUCGUCUCCUUCAACAGGAAAUGUCGUUUUACAUCGGUGUUCGGUUGCGAAUGUUAUUGUGUCCACACUGAAUUCACAUCAAGUUCACAAACAGGUCUUUGUGCAUUGUAUAUCUGCGAUGUUUGAGAAAACCGACAGAUGGAAAACAAAGAUCAUUAAUAUGAAAACAGAAAACGACAAGAUCUUAAAGACACACGAACAUGUAAAUUUGACAAUGUCUUCACAGUCAAAACUAUGCUUUGGAGAAGAUUCAAGUAAGCAGACUUGCCGUAAACGUGAUCAUUGUACAGUAUGUAGCAUGAAUUCAUCUCCAUGCCAUUUAUAUGAAAAUCAGGGCAUGCACGUGGAAAGCACAAACUGUCCAUCACCAUUCGAGUUAGGUAGGAUGCACUCGUCUGAAUGAGUCACGAGGUGCGUUGAUUAGAGGUGAAUCUUUUCCUUUUGAUACUGGAAUGCUGUUUAGGCAAUCAUGACUCUAUACUGAAGAAUAAUAACUCUUCUACAUCACUGUUACCAUGGAGAUAUUCAAUAACAAGUGCAUGAGCCAAAGUUGCCACCACAAAAGCCGGCCACAGUGAUAUAGAUAGAAAUACGCAAACAUGGACAUAUCCACACAAACAGGCAUGUGCACGCACACACACCCACACACACAGUUGUGCACACACACACACACACACACACAGACAAACUGUCACUGUAAAUACUGACUUUGGUUAUUUUGUACAGUGUUUAAAUAUCAUGAGUAAAAUGAUGGCCGUCUUGUGCAACUUCACGCCGGCCUUGCUGCCAACCUUUUGUGCUUUUGUGUAUAAAAGAAAAAUGAUGAUUGUUGUUAUUAUUAUGAGAAAAAAAAAAUAUCAUAGUACAUGUUGCUGGCUCUCAAUGACUGUUGACUACAGUGGAAAAAAUGAAAAACUUACAAUCUGAAAACAUUUGGUCUGUGUAGGGAUUCUAUACAUAUUGUGUUUAUUAAAUAUAAAUAGAAUGAAAAAUAUGUAAGUGGCUUCCAUCAUGACUGUGCCAGAAAAGAGGGUUCAGAGUGAUUUGGUGGAUGUAUUAUAAAUUUAACACGAAAAAGAUGACAAUUCAGAAAAAUGCUCUCACGAAUGAAAAUUCACUCACUGUUGUAAGUGCAAUGGGCUAAAUGUGAGUCCAGUAUUCAUUGUGAAAUAUUGUGUUCUUUUCAAUGUAUUCCUGUUAAAAAGAUAAAUUUUGGUGCAUCAUGUCAUGUAAUGUGAUUAUGAAAAUAAUGAACCUGCAAUUUGUUUCCAGACUGGAGAAGAAUAAAGACAAAAAAAUUCAAAUUUA